GUGGCUACGCCAGCGAGGGGAGCUGCUGCCGAGGCUGGGCAGCCAGGCUGGGCCCUAGCCAGGGCAGGAGGACCAUGUGAGCGGGGCUGGAGGGCUCCCAGGUUGGGCAGGGACCAUGGGCUGUAGCUGCAGUUCAAAUCCCGAAGAUGACUGGAUGGAAAACAUUGAUGUGUGUGAGAACUGCCACUAUCCCAUCGUCCCCCUGGAAGGCAAGUCCAUGCUGCUCAUGCGGAAUGGCUCUGAGGUUCGGGACCCGCUAGUCACCUAUGAAGGCUCCAUUCCUCCAGCGUCCCCACUGCAAGACAACCUGGUUAUCGCCCUGCACAGCUAUGAGCCCUCUCAUGACGGAGACCUGGGCUUCGAAAAGGGCGAACAGCUCCGUGUCCUGGAGCAGAACGGCGAGUGGUGGAAGGCGCAGUCCCUGACCACCGGCCAGGAAGGCUUCAUCCCCUUCAACUUCGUGGCCAAAGCCAACAGCCUGGAGCCUGAGCCCUGGUUCUUCAAGAACCUGAGCCGCAAGGACGCCGAGCGGCAGCUCUUGGCGCCAGGGAACACGCACGGCUCCUUCCUGAUCCGGGAAAGCGAGAGCACCGCGGGUUCAUUUUCACUGUCGGUCCGGGAUUUUGACCAAAACCAGGGAGAGGUGGUGAAACAUUAUAAGAUCCGUAACCUGGACAACGGCGGCUUCUACAUCUCCCCUCGCAUCACUUUUCCCGGCCUGCACGAGCUGGUCCGCCAUUACACCAAUACUCCGGAUGGGCUGUGCACCCGGUUGAGCCGCCCCUGUCAGACCUCGAAGCCUCAGAAGCCGUGGUGGGAGGACGAGUGGGAGGUGCCCAGGGAGACACUGAAGCUGGUGGAGCGGCUUGGGGCAGGCCAGUUCGGGGAGGUGUGGAUGGGGUACUACAACGGGCACACGAAGGUGGCCGUGAAGAGCCUGAAGCAGGGCAGCAUGUCUCCGGACGCCUUCCUGGCAGAAGCCAACCUCAUGAAGCAGCUGCAGCACCAGCGGCUGGUCCGGCUGUACGCGGUGGUCACCCAGGAGCCCAUCUAUAUCAUCACAGAAUACAUGGAAAACGGCAGCUUAGUGGAUUUUCUCAAGACCCCUUCAGGUAUCAAGCUGACCAUCAACAAACUCUUGGACAUGGCAGCCCAAAUUGCAGAGGGCAUGGCAUUCAUUGAAGAACGGAAUUAUAUCCACCGCGACCUGCGGGCCGCCAACAUCCUGGUGUCUGACACCCUCAGCUGCAAGAUUGCCGACUUUGGCCUCGCACGUCUCAUUGAGGACAACGAGUACACGGCCAGGGAAGGCGCCAAGUUUCCUAUUAAGUGGACAGCCCCAGAAGCCAUUAACUAUGGGACAUUUACGAUCAAAUCGGAUGUGUGGUCUUUUGGGAUCCUGCUGACCGAGAUUGUCACUCAUGGCCGUAUCCCCUACCCAGGGAUGACGAAUCCUGAAGUGAUACAGAACUUGGAACGUGGCUACCGCAUGGUGCGCCCUGACAACUGCCCGGAAGAGCUGUACCAACUCAUGAAACUGUGCUGGAAAGAGCGCCCAGAGGAACGGCCCACCUUUGACUACCUGCGUAGUGUGCUGGAGGACUUCUUCACGGCCACGGAGGGCCAGUACCAGCCCCAGCCUUGAGCAGUUGGCCCCGGGGGACUCCCCCUUCUUGCCAACCUGGCUUGGGGGAAAUGGAGUUUGUAUGUCAAACCUUCAUGGCCCAUGCACAUGGACUCUGCACACAAAUCCCGCCCAUGUGCAACACAUAUGCAUCUUGUGUCUUACACACAUAUCCUGUACUUGCAUGGUUGCAUAGGCUUCGCACAUGUAUGUUGUUCAUGUGUAGCCUGUGUGUGUGUGUUCCUGGGAUACUGCCCACGGUGCCACUUUCUGAGCAUUCUUUUUUCCUGAUUCCACAGAGAUGGGAGAGAGUCCUGUGACUGACAGCAGCUUCUGCCCCCCCCCCCCACUUUUCUUUGCCCAAGUCCUUCAGAAGCUCCUUCUGGGUUAGGACCUUAUCCGAUAUCUCUGGGUGCUCCUCCUUGGUGCCUGGCACCUAUUAGGAGCUUAAUAAAUGUUGAUAGGGUAAAACAUC